AUGCAUUUGCUUCCGCCUGAUGUCGCGGCUCAGAACAAAGGCCCUGCUAUGAUGGCAGUUAUGUAUUCAUUCACCGCCCUUUCAUCCCUCACUGUCGGGUUCGUAUUCACCUACGUAGGCUGCUGGACGGCCGCCAUUUUAGCCGGUAGCGGCCACCACCAGGCGACUCUGACUGUCGCCGAAUUCGAUCGUUCUGUAUUCUUCCUAAUGAUCGGCAUGGUCCCAGGCGUGCUGUCGCUCGCGCUACCCAAGUUCGCUGUCGUCAAUCUACUCAUCAAGAUCCUCUUCCCAUCACCCCGGCACGUCCGGUUGCUUUGGGGCCUCGCAAUCGCAAACCUUUGCCGUAGCUCGACUGCCAUAAUCGUGUAUUCGGUUGUUGUGGGAUUACUAUGGUCAUUACACAUUCAUCUGAAAAAGAAACUGGCCCUUAGCGUAGCCCUUGGCUUCGGUGCUUGGUUGGUAUACUGCCGCGAGCUCCUCCCUGUUAAAUCUCGACGCGGACUGAGAUCUUGUCUUAGUGCUGGCUGUGCUGCUAUACGCAAGGUCACGACAGUUCUAGGUAUGGGAGACGAGAUUUUUGUCCGCGCCCCGUCCAUCGUCUUUGAGUCGAAUAAGUGA